GCUGCGGUCACACUCGCUCACACAUCCCCCACCACCACCACCAACAUCACCACCAUCGUCCUCACCACCACCACCAACAUCAUCACCAUCACCACCAUCAUCACCACCAACAUCACCAUCACCAACAUCACCAUCAUCACCAUCACCAACAUCACAAUCAUCACCACCACCAACACCACCAACAUCAUCACCACCAACACCAACAUCACCACCAACAUCACCACCACCAUCAUCACCACCAACAUCAUCACCACCACCAUCAUCGUCCUCAUCAUCAUCACCACCAACAUCACCAACACCACCAUCAUCACCAACACCAACAUCACCACCAACAUCACCACCAACAUCAUCACCACCAACAUCACCACCAACACCAUCACCACCACCAACAACAUCACCACCAACAUCAUCGUCCUCAUCAUCGCGAAAUCGUCACCUUCUUUGCGCCAUGGCCAACAGAGAUGGCGGGAUGCAAACCGCGGUGCAGCGUGGCGGUGGUGGCAGCAACGGAGGCAGCGAUGGCGACUACAUGGAGGAGUUCACGGUGCCUGCCAGUAGGGAGACUCUGGUCAACAACGUAGCGCAGAAUCUACAGCAGAUCUUCUUCGUGUGCAUGACCCUCGUGACCACGCCGGGCGACAACUUCUCCUGGAUCAAGCUCACGGGAAAGUCUCUGGAGAACGUACAGCGCGCCAAGGAGUUCGUGGUGGGGCUGUGCGGCGAGGGCCUGCAGGUGGAGCAGCGCUUCCCGCCGGGCCUGCAGUGCGUAUACGAGGGCCUCGCCGGCCGCUUCCUGCGCGCCCUCGCGUGGGACAGCCGCGCCGACGUGAGCGUCACCGGCGUGGGCCUCCUGACCAUCCGGGGAGGCACCGAGGCCGUGCUGCUGGCGCAGACGCGCGUGCAGCACUUCUGCGACUGCUGCCGUGAGACGGACGCGGAGGGGCGCGGCGCCAUCGGCGCCGCCGCCGCCGCGCCGGGGGAGGCCGACUCGCUAGCCAAGCGCCGCUUUAACCGCCUGGUGGAGGAGAACGGCGGCAAAUACGGCACCGAGUUGCUGCUGUUGCCCGUGAGCAUCAAGCGGGACCUCCUUGAGCUGCUCGACGCAGUGGGGGCCCACGCCACUUUCUCGCGAGGUCCGCCCGAUCGGACACGUGGGUCCUUCGUGCUGUCGGCCCGAGGGGCGGAGGCGCCGGAAGCGCCCGGUGGUGGCGGCGACGGCGGAAAUAGAAUCCGGGUAAGGAUGCCGACCGAGGGACAGAGGACGUAUGGUAAGGGCAGGGAGGACCUCUCCAGGGAGGAGAAUGACAGCCCCGUGACCGAGCUGAGUUCCAGCUUCACCAGCGCGCUUGGCAAGGCUGAGGCGGAGACACCCGAGACUGAGGAGGCGGAGGAAUGUGCAGGCAAGCCCUUUAAGAGAGUGAAAAACCCGUCGGUUAAACGGAAAACCUCGGACAGCGAGUCGACGGUUUCCGGGCAGAUGAAGAAGCACUCGCCCGCCAACGUGCCGUCGUCCCGCGGGCUCGGCAAGGAGGAGGGCCGCGCGGAAGCGACCGCCGCUGCGCAAGCGACACCGGAGCCGGAGAGGGAGCUCAAGUACCUCGUGAAUUUCUUCAGCACCAUGGGCUACGAUCCGGAGUUGGUGCGGAGCAUCGUGUUGGAGAUGGGGCAGCAAACCGAGGCCUCGGAAAUCCUCGAUCGCCUCCAGGAGAAGGCCACCUUGCUCACGGCGGACGAGGAGGAGUCCGGCUCUGAGGAUCCGCAAGAGGGCUCGUACGCGACGCAUUGGGUCAUGGAGGCGGCCAUGAGCCUGGGAUACACGCGCGACGAGGUGGGCGACGUUUGCCGAGCUGUGGGCACCGACCCGCGCAGCGUCCUCAAGGAGUUGCACCGCAUGGGCAAGCGAGCGGCACCUGCGGCCGCGGCUGCGGCGGCGGAGCCGGGCGCCGAGAGCGCGCACCGAGAGCAGCACCGCGAGCGCCAGGGCGGUCCCACGGAGGCGUUGGCGCGCGUCUUCUCCCGGGGCGUUUGCUCCGACGCCGACAGAGCCGAAGCGCAGGCGACGUGGAAGAAGCCGGGCCCGGAGGCGAGCCUCUCGCGUUCCCACGGCGGAGAGGGAGUGGCGCGCGGCGGCCCCGUGAACGGCGCCGCGCGGCUCCCCCGGGGCGGCGUGUCGUCGUCGUCGUCUUCAUCGCAGCGCGCCCGUUUGCCCAGCGCCGAGGCGGACGACCUGGAGACGGACGGGACGGGCGCGCCUCCACCGGCAACGAGCAGACGCCCCGGCAAAACGGACUGCAUCGUCAUCUCGGACGACGCGACGGGCGUCCUGCACGUCCGCGGGCCUGCUGACGGCGCGGCACGGAAAGAGGCGACAAAGUGGCACGUGGAGCAGCUGGGCCCCCGCCAGGAGUGCACCGCCGUUGCCAGCACCAGCAGAGUGGCGGCCGCCGCCGCUGACACCACCACCGGCUCCAGCAGCAACCUGCAGCCGACAGAGCUCUACCUGCUGGGGCUGUCUAAGCCAUACAAGCUGUACCUGCCGAGCGAGCCUGGCAAGGAAUCCGUGCGUCACGUCAUCGUGGACGGGAGCAACGUCGCCAUGGCGCACGGCCUAAACCGUUAUUUCUCGUGCCGGGGCAUGGCACUGUGCGUCGAGUACUUCUGGAAACGCGGACACCGCAACAUCACCGUCUUUGUGCCGCAGUACCGCACGUGCCGGGACCCAUCCAUCAAAGAGCAGCACCUGCUGACGAAGCUGGAGGAGCUGGGGCUGCUGUCGUUCACGCCGUGCCGCAUGUUCGAGGGCCGUCGGAUCACCACGCACGACGACCGCUUCAUGCUGCACCUGGCGGACAACACGGACGGGAUCAUCGUGACCAACGACAACUUCCGGGAGUUUACAACGGAAUUGAUCGCCUGGAGGGAGAUCGUUAAGACGCGGAUCCUGCCGUACACUUUCGCGGGAGACGUCUUCAUGGUUCCGGACGACCCGCUGGGGCGGCACGGUCCCCGCCUAGACCAGUUCCUCACCAAGCCCAAGUCCACGCGAUUGAUGCACCACAACCCGGCCGCGUACCAGGCGAAAACCUUUCCGCUCCGCUUACCGUCGGCGGCAGCCGCCAUCGUCGCAGGCGUCCCGGGCUUUCACUCCAUGAACGACUGCGGACAGCCGCGGCCGACAAACGACCUGCAGGAUCUACGCAGGCAGCUCCUGGACAUCUUCCCCGGCGAAGAGGAGAAGGUGCAGCGGGUGCUGCAACAAUACCCGGCGGUGAAUGACCUCAACUUGCUCUCGGACCUCAUGCUGGACGUGUAGUGAGAGGGGGAUGGAGGGGGCUUGGUAACCCCCCCUCCAUCUCGGCGUUCUGCCAAAACUUGUCGGCGUCUACAGCAGCGCGGUACAGCUAGAGAGCUGGGCACGUGCGGGGAGUGGUGGUAGUGGUGGCGGCCGCGCUUACGGUGGUGGCGAUGGUGGUGGCAAGUACGAGGAGCAAGCGGAGAGCGAAGGCCGGCAGGAGAUUGAGCGAGCGGGGCUCACAAGCGGAUGUCACCAUGACGACGAUGAUGACGGCGGCGGAGGCGAUGAUGAUGCUGUUAAUCGUGGUGGUGGUGUCGCUGUCGCUGUGAUCUUGGCGAUGACAGGAUGGUGGCAGCCCCACGGUGUGGCAGACACGCCAUCACGGUGAUGGCGAGGCUGCGAUGGGGUCCUGUUAUGAAUCUGUGAAGCCCGGCCUUUCACCGCCACUUCACCGUGGAUGCACAUUCGAAUUAAACUGCAGUGAUACCAAUGUUGUAAAUAUUUUGGUUAUGGGCGUUUAGUUAAUUCAAUUUAAGGUGUUAAUUUAAUUUCUCACGAAGUGGCGGACAAAGAGGAGAGGAGGCCUUCAUCCGGAAGUGGAUUUCUGAAAAUAUUUAUUUAUUGUGUGAGUUUGCAGCCGUUCCAGAAAGCCGCCAACAUUGGCCUGCCUGCCCGAGCAGCCUGGCUUCGAUAGGCAUCACCGUUUAGAAAUUGUACAUUCCCCCCAUCCCUCGAGUCAUCAGGGUCAAGAUGCAUUUGCUGCAAGCUGCUGCACCUUCGGUCAUCUUGGGCUGAAGGAAAAAAGCAAGCCCGUUUAAAGUCACCGCUGCUUUCGCUAUGUCAUAUAGAUCUUUAACAACUGGGCAAAUUGCUUUGUAGAGGUACUGUUGAUGUUACUGUACUGCGUAGGAUUCGGUGAAUUUCACCCCGAGAACCUACGAGUUUAAAUAAAAGAUGUAAGCGCUCUCAUGACGAGGGUUCUGAUCCAGAUGGAAAUGUUCCGUCCCAUCGAAUCGGCCGGUCCAGCCAGGAGACGGUGCUAGGAGGGCGGGUUUGUCGAACGUGUUACUUAUUCAAUCUGUUGCACUUUGUUGGUGUUUUGUUGUCGAUGGAAACACCGUGACGAAAACUUUACACGCGAGAGCUCUUACUCGCGAUGUUAUAUGGAUUCAUAAUUGAUUUUUUUUGCGUGGUUUUUCGGUGUGGGGGGGGGGGGGGGGAACAUUGUCAACCUGUGACGACCUACCGACCUCCACCCGACACGGCCAAAAUAUACGCGAGAGUCAAAAUGCGCCGUUGCAUUAUCGCUGCGGUACGCCGCAGGGCAAUCCGCGUGGCGUUUCGCAAAUUUGCUCCGGACGUUUCGCCGCCAGUUGCUGCCAAGCCUAAUCGGCUGCUUGCCAGACAUUUUUGUCGCGCGACUUCGUGUAAUGAAUUAUUUUUUUUCAAUCAAUCUCGUAAUCUGACCCCCCCCCCCCCCCCCCAAAAAAAAAAACAAUUAUGAAUCACUUGUGAUUAACACUACGAUUGUCGCUGGAUGUGUUGCACGUAAAUCCACGCCAAGUGAUGGUACCAAUGACCCCGAGCAGGCGGUGCGGCAGACCCAUCGCCCCGAGAGUGCUCGCGACCCAUCAGCCCGCGCGCUCACAAGCUGUCCGCACCUCGAGAAGGCAAAGCAAGGACCAAGCGGUGCAUGUCGGGUCACCGAGGCAUGAGCCUGCGGGAGCCGUGGGCUGGAUAGACAACGGCAAGUUCAGCGAUGGGCUCAGUCAAUGUCUAUAGAUUCAAUCUACGGGGUGGGGGGGGGGGGUGUUGAGUGAAUGAACCCCUACAUUUCGAUGUAAAGCUUUCGUGACUGCAGGGAUUCAUCUUCUUGGUUCUUUCGGUAAAGUCACGUAGAAGGGAAGUAAUAAAAUAACAAAAAAAACAUAAUAAAACAAUUCUCACGACGUUUCGGCUACAACGCAAGCAGCCGUUGGUAGCCGAAACGUGAGAAUUAUUUUAUUGUUUUAUUUUUAUUAUUUUAUUACUUCCCUUCUACGUGACUUUACCGAAAGAACCAAGAAGAUGAACCCGUAUAUGUUGCAUAGAAUGGAUUUGCGCGAUGCAUUCGCCCCAAAUGCGUUGCUGCGGUUGGCCACAAAAGAAGGCGGAAAAAAAACAUCCUUCGGUGUAAUUGACGAUUGAACGGAUGACGAACCGGGCAAGGCGGCGGAGUGAAGCACCGUGCGUGAACAACGUGUGGUCACGGGAAGAAGCGGUGGUGCAGCGGUUAGCACGCUGAGCGACGUACCCGGCGACCCGAGUUCGAUUGCCGCUCGUGGUCACCAACACCAGUGACGUAUCUGAAGCGGUCCUGGGCCUCCCCUAGGUCGACUGAGCCUCAAGAUGGGAACCUGGUGUGAUGAGUAAAACAAUGCCGCUGGAGAGACGGGUCUUUUGCGGCGAUACAGAGGGGCUCUGUCAGCGAGUGGUUUUUGCCGCUAUUUGCGCAGAUGACAAAACGACGCUGCGUCUCUUAAGAGUUCAUUUAUUUUUCUACCGGUGUUUAAAACGAUGCGUUGCCCUGGGAGGUUUUCACUCUCUUAUUUGUUCAAAGUUCGUGUUUUCUAUAAAUACAAAAAAAACAUUCACAACUG